AGAAAACAAAUGAAAUAACGAGUGAAAGAAACUGAAUCAAGAGCAUUAGUAGAGGGCAGCCAUGGAAGGUAGCAACAACAGCGAAGACUUUGCAGUGGGCUGCUUGCUUUCCAUCAAGACCACCUUAGGCGAGGAAUUCGAAGGCCAAGUCAUAACCUUUGACCGUCCGUCCAACAUCCUCGUUCUUCAAGAGGGAUCCAAAACUGGGCCUAGGAGAAACAUAAGGUUUUUGAAAGCUAAUUAUAUAAAGGAGUUUUCUUUUCUGGGUCAAGCCGAGGAUCCGCUUGAUGUCAAGAAGUGUUAUAUUGAUCUUCAUAGCCUUCAAGCUAGAGAGGAAUUAGCUUUAAGGCAAGCAGAAGCAGAGGCAGAGAGGAUUGGAGUGGGUGUCACUGCUGAGGCGCAGAGCAUCUUUGAUGCCUUGUCUAAGACGCUUCCUGUUCGCUGGGACAAGACUGUAAUCGUGGUUAUGAAUGAAGUGAGGGUUGGCAGUCCAUAUCUCCCUGAAUGUGUAAUUGGAGGAACUCCAGCUGCUAAUGAUAGGGUGAAGAAAGUGCUUGAGUUUGAGAGAAAGAGGUUACAAGUUCGUGGUGCCAGUCAGUGAUGAAUGUAUUACAAAUCUUAUCACUGCUGGGAAAGGCACCUUGAGAAAUGGAUUAUUGCGGGUAUGUUGCUUGCACCCAACCGUGGUACAACCUUAACUGAAGAACAUGUUUCCAUGUUAAGACAAUUCAAGUUACAUCGAUGAAGAAAUAUAGUUUUCACCUAGAAUUAAUUAGUAGCUAUUCUUUCAUUUUGUUGCCUCUAAUAUUUCCAAUCCUGAUAUGGUACUACCAGAACAGAAUUGGUCCUGGUUUCUAAGUUAUUGCAAGUCCGUAGUCUGCUGCCAUGUAACUUGUUGAUGUUAAAAUGUCAGAUAAGCUCGUUACCUUGUAUUCAUAGGAAGUAUAUUUGCUGUUAUCUUUAUUGAAAUAUUACCAAAUUACUCUGAAUUCUUACCCAAGUUAUAAGUCGAUUUCUCCUUUCUGUGAAAA